AUGUCUCCGCCAAGAGUGGGGCUGAAGGACAGAGCUCCAUCUGCGUCGAUGGCCCUGCUGCUCUUCCUGAGUGCGUCUUUUCUGCCCGCAUCCGGCCAAGACAGUGGCCAGGGAAGUGCGUACGGUUCCAUCGCAGACAUCAGUGGAGCGCAACAGGCUGCCUACGAUGCGGCAGCGGCGGGAGGAGGCAACGCCGUCUGUUCUGACCUCCUGGGCAACCACAACGCAGUCAUUAAUGGCAGGUGCAAUGGUGCCGGAGGGUGCGCCGUCACAGACCAGGCUCAAGCCGCAAUGCUCUGCUCGCCGGGCGACACGCAGCAGCCGCAGUGCACAGAUAAGCCGGACAGGUUCCUGACAUGCAGCGACGAUGUCAGCCUGACAGCUCAGCAGAAGGGGCGGGAGGUCAGGGUGUUUGUGGCGAUGGGCACUUCACUGGGAAGCUGCAUGGAUGACAGCGAGUGCAGCACUGGGCAGAUGUGCUUUGGCCAGGCUGCUCCCGGCAUAUGCCAGCCCAUUGCUGCCGGCGGCAAUUGCUGA